GUCCUCGGCAGAUGCACAGCUGUGGAUACCCAAAGGGCAUUUACAUAGGAAACCUCUCUGUUUACUUCACUGUCCCUUUAAGGGAUUAGAAGCAGAAAUAAUGUCUAAAACUCAGACAGAAAUGAAUACCAUUGCCCGUUCUCAGACUUUUAAGAAAAGGAGAGACUCUACUUUGGCAGAAAAAGUUAAAAUUCUGGAACUCUUACAGCAACCCAAAGCUUCUCAGUCUUCUGUGGCUAGGAACAUGGGUCUGUCACAGUCAACAAUCAGUCGGGUGAUGAAAAAGAGGGAUGAGAUCUUGGAACGCUGGAAGCAUAACGAAAACCCAAGUCGCAAAAGGAAUAGACCUUUCAAACACGCCAAGGUAGACGAGGCAUUGCUGGAGUGGCUUCUUUUUGCCAAGGCAAAUAAGCUGCCCAUUUCUGGGCCUAUCCUAAUGAGACGAGCAGAGGCUAUUGCUCAGGAGAUAGGAUGUCCACAAUUUAAAGCCUCCAAUGGGUGGUUGUGGAGGUGGAAAGAGAGGUAUCGACUCUUUUACAGGACAGAAGUCCUUCCUGCUGAGAAUAAACAUACUGACAUUGUGCAAGGUCAAGGCAUCAAAAGGUUUCCAGAUGUCACCCAAAUGGUAACAAUGCAACUUAACAGGGUAUCAGCAAAGAGAUUUGAUGGCUACCCAUUAAACAGAGGUGAACUAGUUAAUGGAGAAAGGAACUCGGCUCACAUGCAUUUAGACCAGCGCGCAGAGUCUUCCGAAGGAAAUACGCAAGGAAGAUGUUUGCUUGCGCAUGUUGCAAAAGACUAUUGCUCUGAUGACAUAUUUUGUGCAGUAGCCUCUUCCUUUCACUUUAGAAUUCCAAGAAGUCAAGGAGACAUUACUGAGAAGCAGAAGGAGACAGUUAGUAUUUGGUUCUGUUGUAAUAUAAAUGGAACAGAGAAGCUGAAGCUAUUGGUCACUCAUAACCUCCCACCAAAAUCUCUAGGCACCCACUCCAUAUCUCCUGUGUCGUUGAAAACUAGUGCAAAUGGGUGUUUGACCGAGAAUCUAUUUGCAGAGUGGCUUUUGAGCUGGGAUGGAAAGCUUAGCAGGCAAGAAAGGAAAGUUCUCCUUGCGUUUAAUGCCAACAGCUGUGUGCCAAAAAUUAAACUCCGAAAUAUAUCUUUAUGUAUUUUCUCCAAAGACAAUAUAUCCUCAAACUAUCUUUUUGGCCAAGAUCUGAUCGAUGAAUUCAAUGCUUUCUACCGACAGCUGCUUAUUGAAAGACUUGAGGAAGAUGCAAAUUUAAGCAGAGAAACUGAUCUACCCCAACUUAUAUCUCAUAUGACACUUGUAGAAGCUAGUUAUACCAUGAACAAGGCAUGGGUGAGAGUGACAGCCCGCACCAUAAAAAACUGUUUCCAAAAACCAGGAGGCUUUAAAAAUGUUUGCCUAGCAAAACAUGCUUCAAUUGAUGAAGAUGCUUCAUUCUCCACGAUGCCGCAUGAGAGUAGAAAUGGCCACACUUUGGGACAAUUCCCUGCCAGUGUUGGAACAUAUAGAAAAAUUACUAUCAAAGAAGAGAGUGAUGUUGAACAAGAAGGGUUUGGAUGUGAGACCAUAAGUGAGAAUCCAUUUAGCCCUAUCCAGAAAGUGACAGUCGGAUUCUUGCCUGGGGAGACAAGUACUGAUAAGUUAUUUGCUGAGUACUCAGGGGACCAAUCUGGAAUAGACGUCUCUCGUUCAUAUCCGAAAUCUUUGAAUGGUAAUAGGAUUUCUGCAGUUGCAAUUAAAUCUGAAGAUCCAGGACAUCAAAUCCACAUGCAUGAACUCAGAGAGGCUUGCAGUGUGAUCCACAGAUACUUGUCUGCUGAAGGCCAAGACACGAGUAUUUUCUGUGCACUUCAGAAUCAACUGCAAAGAUGCUUGUCUCAACACAGAGAGAAAUACUAAAAUGAGGUUUUGGUAAAACCAAACGUUACCAGAGACCUUGUAAAUGGUAUUUAUAACUGUUAAGUUAACCUGUCACCUGAAAUCACCUUUAAAUUAUAUAGUAAACAAAUGCAAAAAAAACCAGGGCAAAAGCUAUUAAAAUAUUUGUCAUAGUUAGUAUAAUCCUUAUUUUUAUAAUGCCAUAUAAAUUUGUGCAUCUAUGGUAUAUAUUGGACCAAUAUAUAGGCACUUUUGAGCCUUACACGCCUGAAUGAAAAGUACAUUAAAUUGAUUUAGGAAUAUACAAAAAAAAUUUAGGGAAAUUAUUCCUGGUUUGUACUUGUAAGAAACGAGAGCCUAUUUAGUAUUAGAGCUAUAUGCAGAAAUAAUUCCGGUGGGGGACAAAGCCAUUAUAUGUUUAGUCACUAUCCAUCACAUCCACCAUUUAAAUCAAGAAAAGGGCCAUUUUGAGAAGGGCAAUUUCCCCCCUUAUGCCUUAUGCUGCAGAUCCAUUGUUUGAGACAACUACUCGUCCUUAAAAAAUAGAUUAAUGGAUACACUCUGGAUUUUAGGUGACAGGGGUACAUUAUCGCAAUAAUACCAAAAUGUAAUUCCUUUCCUAUGAAACAUCUCUUUGGAAAUCAAAUUUUGGAGUUUGGAGAUCUGUCAGUCUGAUAGUCAUAAUACUCCUUAAAUGUAAUUCCAAAAACUCAAAACUGGCAGAUAUUUAUGGACCCAAUGUAAGGUUUUUUAAUCAGGGUUGUACUAUAAUCCUUUCAUGGACCUCAGGCUUACUGCAAACUCAUCCAAGGUAGUUUUACCUCAAUGGCAGAAGUGUUUGGCUGUAUAAGAAUGUGGCUGUUACGUAUGUAUUAUUUCAAAGAACAAGGGGACAGGACUAUGUAUAAUGCUUGUUUACUUAUUAAAUGAUAA